AUGAGUGGCUGCCUCGGCUGUCAGUCACCAGGAUUGAUGGAGCUGUUGUCCAGUGGAGGUAAAGGUCAGGCAGGGCGGGGCCUGGGGAAUGCAGCUUCCCUAGAGUCACUGGGCAGUCUUGUUGUGGGAAUUCCUUCAACUUCAAUUGAAAGUAUCCCAGGUUCGGAACUUCUCAGCGCCUCCAAGAACCCUGCUCUUGUUUCUAGCAUGCUACAAGCUCCAAUAAAUCUCCAGGAAACCUUUGUCCAAAAGAUCAUUUCUGUGGACACAAAUCCAGCACAAAUUGUGGUUAAUGUUCCUGAUGCUUUAGCAACAAUAAUUCCACCUUCCCAGCUGGUGUUUUCUGAGGGGAGUGCAAAUGUCAGUGUAAUAAAUAACAAGACAUGGACACAUGAUCAGGCCUCUUUGUUACUUCCAACUCUGGCUGAAACAAAUUUUGACAUUGAGCAGUUUACUACAUCGAUACUUCAAGGGUUCACAUGUACAUCAGCCAAGAGACUGACAACAACCAAGACCCAGCAGUUAAUUCGUGCUUGUAGGCCGAGGUUAGGAAGACCCAAGGUGGAGCUGAAAGAAUCACAGCUGACCUGUAUGUACAACCUGAUAAAAGGAGACCUCAAUCAAAACUUCACAGACUAUCCUUCAGAUUUACUUUUAUACUUCAAAAUCCAGGAUGUCCAGAAAAGAAACUGCAGGUCCUACUUUUCAGCACUGGGCAUUGCAGAUUUUUCUGUGGCUUCCACCAUUUUGAAUAAGGGACGACAGCUGUUUAGUGAAGCCAGAACCUGCUUGGGCAUACAUGGUUUUAUCCUGAGCAGAGACAACUUGAACAUUCUGGGAAACAUGGUCUGCACUCUGGACAGCUCUUACAUCAUGAACUCUGAUCCUCUGAUCCUGGAAAAGCUCAAAGCCUGCAAAGACUUCUCUGACAGCCAAGUUACUGCUAUGGAGACUCUGUUGUUAUCUGGAGUUUCACAAUACGGAACUGUUGCUACCUGGACUCUGCAAACCCUGCAAAACCUCCAACAGCUUCCUCUGUACUUAACAAGAAACAUCUGGGGCAAAAUCAACACAGCAACAAAAAGAGAGUUUCUUAAAGGAUUUAUGCCAAAUUUAAGGAAUAGAAAUACACCAAAGGCAAAGCUCAAAAACCUGUUUCAACAGAUCACUUCCCUUGUAUCAAAGCGGGGAGCAGGCUGCCUUUCGGGCAACAUCACCGAUGUUACCAUCAGCGAUCCCGCUUUCCCCUUUGGUUAUGAUGUGACUCAAUUUGAUCUCUGCCUGGACAUUCCUGUUAUGACAGAAAAUCUUUACGCCAUUUGCUCAAAAGUGGAUGAUAAUGACUUCCAGACAAAAAUUCUAAAGAAACUCAACCAGGCAUACCCAUCUGGAGUCCCAGAACAGCAAGUUCAGCUACUUGGUUCGGUGUCGCGUGUGGCAACGCUUUCUGACAUCUUUAACUGGAACAUCACUAUGAUUGACACAUUGGCAGCUCUUAUGAAAACUGAAGAUGGAAACUGGCCAGCUGCACAGAGCAAAGAAAUAAUCACCAAGUAUCUGAAUACCUCUAAAAAAACCCUGGGUAUCACUGAGCUCAAUAUCAUUGGCUCCAAUGUGUGUACACUGGAUAUCAGCACUCUAAGCACCAUCACAGCAGACAGUAUCAGAAACAUCAAACGUCUGAAUGUCUCAUCAUGUUCACUUGUACAGAAGAGAGUCCUUUAUGAGAUCAGCAAUACCUCAUUUAAUUCAUUUCGUGUUAAUUCAAUUACCUUUUACAAUCUAAUAAAAGGCUAUCUAGGUGGAGCACCGCUAAUCGAUAUUCUAGCAUUAUCAACACAGAACAUCAGCAUGGACAUAGACACUUUCAGGAGUCUGGAUAUUAAUGUUAUAAUGAAUUUGACUGUGACUAACAUCCAAAACCUCAUGGGUGACCAGUUACCAAAUCUGAAGUUGUUUGAGAAUGAUACAGUGAUUCAGAGCUGGAUAAACUUGCAGACACAGUCAGAGCUGGACACUCUUGGUGUGGGACUCAUCAUAACCAAUUCAUACCGUGAAACUGCACAACCCACAACUGCAACAACUGCAGGAAUGGUAUCAACAAAUGGCCCUACCACUGCUGGGGAAUCAUCAAUGAAUUCCCCAUAUAGCUUUGAGACAUCAACAGAAACUGCAGGAACUCAUUCUGAAAUUUCAACUGCUUAUGCCAGAACCCGUUCAGUAACCGAAAACGUAAACUUACUAACUAGUGCUGGAUUGUUCACAACAAAUUAUCUUGCCAGCACUGGGGAAUCAACAUCAAUGUCUCCAACCAGCUCUGAAACAGCAACAACAAAUAUGGCAACCAACUCUGGAAUAACAAUUCCACCAACAGGUUUAGAAAUAUCAACACCAAAUGUUCCAAUCAGCUCUGAAAUAACAACAACAAAUGCUAGAACCAGCUCUUUCAUGGCAACCGCAAAUGCCGUAUCUAGUAUUGGUAUUGACUCCGCUACUGCGGAAACUACCGCUGAUAAACCUGUGCCCAACACUGGAACUAGCUCUUUAAUGCCAACAAGUGUUCCAACCAGCUCUGAAAUAACAACACCAAUUGCUGUAACCAACUUUUUAAUGGCAACCACGAAUGGCAUAACUAGCAUUGGCAUCAUUUCAGCUACUGAUGAAACCACUUCUGACAAACCAUUAUCACAUGCUGGAACCAGUUCGUUGACACCAACAAGUGCUGCAACCAGUGCUGGGAUGGUAUCACCCAAUGGCCCCACUACUGCUGAGUUAUCAUCAAUAAACUAUCCAACUAGAUUUGAGACAUCAACAAGAAAUGCAGCCACCAACUCUGAAGUUUUCAGUCCAAAUGCUGGAACUAGCUCAGUGACAGAAAAAUUAAAUGCAGCAACCAGUGGUGAAUUGGUGACAACAAGUAAUCCCACCAGCACUGAGGCAGUAUCAUUCAUUCCACCAACCAUCUUAGGAAAAUCAACACCAAAUGUUCCAGUCAGCUCUGAAAUAACAUCAAUUGCUGGAACCAACUCUUUCAUGGGAACCACAAGUGCUGCAACUAGUAUUGGUAAAGUUUCUGAUACUGGUGAAACCACUUCUGAUAAACCUGUACUAAACACUGGAACCAGCUCUUUGACAUCAACAAGUGCUGCAGCCAGUGCUGGGAUGGUAUUGCCCAAUGGCCCAACUACUGCUGGAGCAUCAUCAAUGAAUGAUCCAAAUAGCUUUGAGACAUCAACAAGAAAUGCAGCCACCAACUCUGAAAUUUACAGUCCAAAUGGUCAAACCAGCUCAGUGACAGAAAAAAUAAAUGCAGCAACCAGAGAUGGAUUGGUGACAACAAAUAAUCCCACCAGCACUGAGACAUUAUCAUUCAUUCCACCAACCAGCUUAGAAAAAUCAACACCAAAUGUUCCAACCAGCCCUGCAAUAACAACACCAAAUGCUAGAACCAGCUCUUUUAUGGCAACCACGAAUGGCAUAUCUAGUAUUGGUAUAAUUUCCGCAACUGCUGAAACCACUUCUGAUAAACCGUUUCCAAAUGCUGGAACCAGCUCUUUGACAACAACAGGUGCUGCAGUCAGUGCUGGGAUGGUGUCACUAAAUAGCCCCACUACUGAUGGGGUAUCAUUAAUAAAUUAUCCAAAUAGCUUUGAGAUGUCAACAAGAAAUGCAGCCACUAACUCUGAAGUUUUCAGUCCAAAUGCUAGAACUAGCCCAGUGACAGAAAAAAUAAAUGCAGCAACCAGUGGUGGAUUGGUGGCAACAAAUAAUCCCACCAGCACUGAGGCAGUAUCAUUCAUUCCACCAACCAUCUUAGGAAAAUCAACACCAAAUGUUCCAGUCAGCUCUGAAAUAACAUCACAUGCUGGAACCAACUCUUUCAUUGGAAGCACAAGUGCUGCAACUAGUAUUGGUAAAGUUUCUGAUAGUGCUGAAAUCACUUCUAACAAACCUGCACUAAACACUGGAACCAGCUCUUUGACACCAACAAAUGCUGCAGCUAGUGCUGGGAUGGUAUCACCCAAUGGCCCAACUACUGCUGGGGAAUCAUCAAUAAAUUAUCCAAAUAGCUUUGAGACAUCAACAAGAAAUGCAGCCACCAACUCUGAAAUUUACAGUCCAAAUGGUCGAACCAGCUCAGUGACAGAACUAAUAAAUGCAGCAACCAGUGGUGGAUUGGUGACAACAAGUAAUCCCACCAGCACUGAGACAUUAUCAUUCAUUCCACCAACCAUCUUAGGAAAAUCAACACCAAAUGUUCCAAUCAGCUCUGAAAUAACAUCAAUUGCUGAAACCAACUCUUUCAUGGGAACCACAAGUGCUGCAACUGGUAUUGGUAAAGUUUCUGAUCCUGCUGAAACCACUUCUAACAAACCUGUACUAAAUGCUGGAACCAGCUCUUUGACACCAACAAGUGCUGCAGUCAGUGCUGGGAUGGUAUCACCCAAUGGCCCCACUACUGUUGGGGUAUCAUCAAUAAAUUAUCCAACUAGUUUUGAGACAUCAACAAGAAAUGCAGCCACUAACUCUGAAGUUUUCAGUCCAAAUGCUAGAACUAGCCCAGUGACAGAAAAAAUAAAUGCAGCAACCAGUGGUGGAUUGGUGACAACAAGUAAUCCCACCAGCACUGAGGCAAUAUCAUUCAUUCCACCAACCAGCUUAGGAAAAUCAACAUCAAAUGUUCCAACCAGCUCUGAAAUAACAUCACAUGCUGGAACCAACUCUUUCAUGGGAACCACAAGUGCUGCAACUAGUACUGGUAAAGUUUCUGAUACUGCUGAAACCACUUCUGAUACACCUGUACUAAACGCUGGAACCAGCUCUUUGACACCAACAAGUGCUGCAGCCAGUGCUGGGAUGGUAUCACCCAAUGGCCCCACUACUGUUGGGGUAUCAUCAAUAAAUUAUCCAACUAGUUUUGAGACAUCAACAAGAAAUGCAGCCACUAACUCUGAAGUUUUCAGUCCAAAUGCUAGAACUAGCUCAGUGACAGAAAAAAUAAAUGCAGCAACCAGUGGUGAAUUGGUGACAACAAGUAAUCCCACCAGCACUGAGGCAAUAUCAUCCAUUCCACCAACCAUCUUAGGAAAAUCAACACCAAAUGUUCCAACCAGCUCUGAAAUAACAUCACAUGCUGGAACCAACUCUUUCAUGGGAACCACAGGUGCUGCAACUAAUAUUGGUCAAGUUUCUGAUACUGCUGAAACCACUUCUUAUAAACCUGUACUAGACGCUGGAACCAGCUCUUUGACAUCAACAAAUGCUGCAGCUAGUGCUCGGAUGGUAUCACCAAAUGGCCCAACUACUGCUGGGGCAUCAUCAAUAAAUUAUCCAACUAGUUUUGAGACAUCAACAAGAAAUGCAGCCACCAACUCUGAAAUUUACAGUCCAAAUGGUCGAACCAGCUCAGUGACAGAAAAAAGAAAUGCAGCAACCAGUGGUGGAUUGGUGACAACAAAUAAUCCCACCAGCACUGAGACAUUAUCAUUCAUUCCACCAACCAUCUUAGAAAAAUCAACACCAUAUGUUCAAAGCAGCUCUGAAAUAACACCAAUUGCUGGAACCAGCUCUUUCAUGACUACCAUAAAUGCAGUAACUAAUAUUGGUAUAGCCUCAGCUACUGCUAAAACCACUUCUGAUAAACCUGUGCCAAACACUGGCACAAGCUCGUUUACACCUAUAAGUGCUGCAACCAGUGCUGGGAUUGUAUCAACAAAUGGUCCCACAACUGCUGGAGCAUCAUCAAUAAUUUCUCCAAAUAGCUUUGAGACAUCAACAAGAAACGUAGUCACUAACUCUGAAAUUUCUUCUUCAAGUGCUGAAACCACCUUAAUUACAGAAAAUACAAAUGUCGCAACUAGUUCUGGAAUGGUUAUAUCAAAUGAUAUCACUAGCACUGAAGCAUCAUCAUCAAUUUCUACAACUAGCUUUGGAAAAGCAUCAACAAAUAUGGGAACAAACUCUGGAAUAACAACACCAAAUGAGAGAAUCAGCUCAUUUAUGACAAUAAAUGCUGAAUCGAGUGUUGGAAUGAUCUCAAAUAAAGCUGAAACCAGUUUUAGUACAUCUGUGCCAAAUGAUGGAACAAACUCUGUGACAGAAAAAACAGAUGCUGCCACUAAUAUUGGAACAGCCAUGACAAAUGCUGUAACCAGUGUUGAAACAUCAUUGUUAAAUCAUCUAACUAGCUUUGGGAAAUCAACAACAAAUGCUGCAACCGACGCAGGAUUAUCAAUGCCAAAUGCUGGAGCCAGCACUGUUACAGAAACAACAGCUACUGAAAUUAUCACUGAAACAGCUUCAACAAAUGGUCCCCCCAUUUCUAAAGUCACCAGUUCAGAUGUCUGUGCCACGUUCAUCAACUACAACAACACUGUUACCUUCCUGGAAACUAUUGUUGUUUCUGAUGAUAUGAAGAAGGUGAUCCUCCCCUGUUUUUGGGAAAUGGCUCUGAGCAUCAACAGGACAUCUGAGGUUAAUUUGUGGUUUGACGUACUUUUGAAGAACUACCUGAGGUUUCUCACAAAAAACCUCAUCAGCCCCAUGGAAGUGCAGGGUGCCUCAUGUCAGGCAUUCCAGAAACUGGUGUUUUAUAUGGGAAACAAUUUCACAUACAACAGUACAGAGUUUGGACCAGAAGAUGUGUACAACACCAUAAGGAGCUAUUUGACUACUGGCUCUGGAGCCAGAUGCUAUAAUCUUAGUGACCCAGAACUCAACUCUACCUCCUGGUUUUUCAAAUAUAUCAGCAGCUUUGUGACAUUUAUCACUCUGAAUGAUCUCAUAAGUUUUGUCCCCACAUCCCAGGCUGAAGUGUUUUGGGAAGACCAAGCUAAUCUGGAGCUUUUCAACAACUCAGCAAUUGCUGUAGAUGUAAGAAAUUACUACAUCACUCAGCUGUUUACAGUCAACCCAAGCUUCAGCCUGUUCAAGCUUCCAGGUGUUUUGAUGUGCUCGACUACCAUCCCGAGUAGAGUGUAUACCUCUCUAAAUGAAACUAACACCGUGGUCAUCCUGGACAUGAGGAAGCAAUUUUGUUAUGGAAUCGAGGACCCUCAGGCAUCCGCUGCUUUGGCAUCCAACAUCAAGACCAUCACAGCACAAACGAUUGUAAGCCUUGGGGGAGCUGCUUCAGGCCUGAGCAAUACUCAGAUAUCUUCAAUCUCCCCAACACUGCUGAUUUCCUUGCUCUAUACUUUGGCUUCAGUGACAACCUGGGGCCAAGACCAGGCCAACAUCAUUAUCCAAAGCAUAACCUCCUCAGGCUACCAGAUUAACAGUACUGACUCCCUGGAAUCUCUUGGCAGUCUUGUUGUUGGAUUACCUUCAGGGUUGCUGGAAAAAACCCCAGCUUCUGCACUGCUCAGGGCCUCAAAUAACCCUGCUCUUGUUUCCAGCAUGCUACAAGCUUCAGCGGUUCUCCAAGAGAUAUUUGUUCAAAAGAUCAUUUCUGUGGACACAAAACCAGCUGAGGUGGUGCAGAAUGUCCCUGAUGUUUUAGCAAUACAAAUCCCACCAUCAAUGCUGGCCUUUUCUGAUGGCAGUGCAAACAUCACUGUGAUAAACAAGAAGACAUGGACAAAGGAUCAGUCUGUCAUGUUUUUUGGAUCUCUUGCUGGGGCUAAUUUUGACACUGAGCAACUUUCUCCAUUUGUGCUGCAAGGCUUCACAUGUACAACAAUAAAGACAAUGUCAAAAAAACAAAUCAGGCAGCUGAUCCAUGCUAGUAGACCAAGGACAGGCAGUGCCAAAGUGGAACUGAGAGAAUCACAGCUGACCUGCAUGUACAACUUGCUCAAAGGAGACCUCUCACAGAACUUCACAGAUUACCCUUCAGACAUGCUUCUAUACUUCAAGGCCCAGGAUGUCCAGAAAAGCAAUUGCAGGACCUACUUUUCUGCACUGGGUGCUGCAGAUUUUUCUGUGGCCUCCAGCAUAUUGAACAAGGCACAGCAGCUGUUCAGUGAAGCCAAGACCUGCUUGGGUAUAAAUGGGUUGAACUUGAGCAGAGACAAUGUUGCUGUUUUGGGGAACAUGGUCUGCACUCUGGAUAGCUCUUACAUCCAGAGCUCUGAUCCUUUGAUUCUGGAAAAUCUCAAAGCCUGCACGGACCUUUCUGCCAGCCAAGUAGCUGCUAUGGAGACUCUGUUGCUCUCUGGAAAAACACAAUAUGGACCUGUGGCUACCUGGACUCGGCAAACAUUGGAUAACCUCGGGAAUCUUCCUCUGUACCUAACAAGAAGCAUUUGGGCAAAUAUCACAACUAUAACAAAAAGGAGUUUUCUGCAAAGCUUUAUGCCAAGCUUGAGGAAAAUAAAGACACCCAAGACAAAGCUCAAGAAUUUGUUCAACCAGGUUACUCCCCUUAUAACCAAACGAGGAGCAGGUUGCACAACGGCCAACAUCACCCAGGUGACUGUUAGUGACACCGCCUUCCCAUUUGGCUAUGAUCUGAUCCAGUUUGACUACUGCUUGGACAUUUCUGUUCUGAAAGAAAACCUCAAUGCCAUCUGUUCAAAAGUGGAUGACAAUAACUUCCAGAAGAUUAUUCUGCAGAAACUCAACCAGGCAUACCCAUCUGGAAUCUCUGAUAAGGACGUUCAGCUACUUGGUUCAGUGUCUCGUGUGGCAACACCUUCUGACAUAUCUAACUGGAACAUCACUACAAUUGACACGUUGGCAGCUCUUAUGAAAAAUGAAGAUGGAACAUGGACAACAGAACAGAGCAAAGAAAUAAUCACCAAGUACUUGAAUACCUCUGGAAACUCCCUCAGCACCAUUGUGCUGAACAAUAUUAGAUCUAACUUGUGUUCAUUGGACCCCAGCACACUAAGCACCAUCACAGCAGACAGUCUCAGGAGUGCCCAACCUCUAAACGUGGCAUUGUGUUCUGCUGAGCAGAAGAGACUCCUGUAUGGGAUCAGCAGCUCCUCCUAUGGUUUAUAUCGUUCCAAUUCAUCUGCCUACUACAACCUAAUUAAGAGCUACUUGGGUGGAGCACCUCUGAUGGACAUUGUAGCAUUAUCAACACAGAACAUCAGCAUGGAUGUUGACAUUUUCCGGAGUUUGGAUAUUAGUGUUAUAACUAAUUUGACGGUAACCAAUGUCAAAAGCCUCAUGGGUGAUCAGCUUCCAGAUCUGAAGUUGUUUGAGAAUGAUACUGUGAUUCAGACCUGGGUGAACUUCCAGCUGCAGUCAGACCUGGACACACUGGGUGUGGGCCUCAUCACCACCAGAUCUAAUCAAAUCUCUGCAGCACCUAGUACAAACAACAACCUAACCACUGCUGCGGCAUCAACAAAGUCUUCGUUAUCCUCUGAAAUACCAACAGCAGCUACUGUGCAAGGAAGCACCACUGGAUCAAGUACAUCCCAGUCUACAUCACAAGUUGCUAUCACAAAUGGAGGACUGAAUCAUGAAAAAUCUCCAGCCUCUCUAGUCCUGUUUGCUCUUGUUUCAACUUUGCUACUAAUGCUACUCCCAGCUUAAACCAAAUCUAUGUCAAUCAACAAUCUGCAAUUAUUUAAUAACCUUUUCACAGAAGAUAUUAUCAUGAUCAUUAUUUUUAUGUAAUCAAAGAAAUGAAUGAAUUUUAUUUUUUUUUCUGAAACUGUAAUUAUGAAGUCAAUAUCUAAGCUAAACAAAAUUUAGUUUCAUUAUAAUCUCUUGUUUUUGGUGUGUUGAUUUGAGGAUUUAAACUAUUAUUAUUAUGUUAUUUAUAACACAUAAUUUAGUGCAUACUGAAAAAAAAUUAUCAUUUACUUUAAGGUUAUAUCUGAUAUAAUUUAACUAUAAUUACAAAUUCAUUGAAACUGUAUUAUGAUCUGAAUCAAUAAACGCUUACAACCACACA